ACUCCCCGCCUCUCCGGCUGCCCGACCACGCCCCUCACGAGGCCCCGCCCCGCGCAGCGGCCCCGAGCAUGGUGGUGCUGAAGGGCGUCCCGGCGCUGCUGUCGCCCGAGUUGCUCUACGCCCUGGCGCGGAUGGGGCACGGAGACGAAAUCGUUCUUGCAGACGUGAACUUCCCCACCUCGUCCAUCUGCAGGGGUGGCCCGGAGGAGAUCCGCGCCGACGGCCUGGGCAUCCCGCAGCUCCUGGAGGCCGUGCUGAGGCUGCUCCCUCUGGACACGUACGUGGAGAGUCCGGCUGUUGUCAUGGAGCUGGUACCCAGUGACAGGGAGAGGGGCCUCCAGACCCCAGUGUGGAAGAAUUACCAGUCUAUCCUCUCCGGAGCCCAUGGCACGGUCAGAGGCCAAGUGUCCUUGGGAACCUGGGCAGCAUCCCUGGACCAAGCCAUUUUGCCUUCCAGACCGCUCUGGCGACGAUCGAGAGGUUUGAGUUUUAUCAGAGGGCCAAAAAGGCUUUUGCUGUGGUAGCGACGGGGGAGACGGCCCUCUACGGAAACCUCAUCCUCAAGAAGGGCGUGCUGGCCCCCUGUGACCUGGUCUAGGGCAAGUGGACUAUGCACCCAAGCACCCAGACCUCACCAAGCCCGGAGCUCCCAGGGCGCCUGUUCACCAAGGCUGGGAGUCUCCCAAUUUAUAAAAAUGAUGGAAAAGCACAGCA